GAUCAUCGCUGAAUCAGCUGUUUUGUGCGAUGUUUUUCCCUCCCCUGUUGUGAUGUAAGUUAUUUUUGUUGUGGUGCAUUAACGGGAAUUUAAAGAGCCGGCAGGAUGCUACGAUCACGGAUUGCAAACAUGGUGCACCAGCUGGCCCGGAACCAGUGGAAUGCAAGAGCCUACUGUUCAACUACUGGCGUUUGCUGGAGUUGCAACAAGCCUCUGGUGAAGACGGAUAAAUUUUUCUGCGCCUCCUGCGGUUCGCUGCAAAAAGUUGAACAAGAGAACUACUUCCAACUACUCGACAUGCCCUGUUCCUUCGAUCUGAACUCCACAAAAUUAACAUCAAACUUCCGACAGCUGCAAGCGGUACUGCAUCCGGAUAAGUUUAGCCAGAGGCCGGAAGCGGAAAAGAAUUACUCGCUAGAGUGGAGUUCACUCGUGAACAAGGCGUACAAGACCCUGAACGUGCCCAUCGAACGCGGAAAGUAUCUUCUGCAGCAGAGUGGAGUGGAGAUCGCGGAAGAAAACACCAGCGUGGACGGGGAAUUUUUGCUGGAUAUGAUGGAACGGAACGAAUCGGUGGAGGAAGCCGAAAGCGUGGCUGAGCUGGAAGAACUCGCCGAAAGCUUGAAAACGGAUAUCGAUCGAUUGUACGGGGAGUUGCAGCAGCACUUUGUAAAAAACAGUUUAGACGAGGCCAAGAAGACGCUGGUUCGGUUAAAAUAUUUGCUUAAUAUAGAAAGCGUAGUAAAAGAAAAACUGUUGAAAAUUAAGCUGCAAUAAAAUAUUUUUUUUUUUUUUAUAAUUAUUU